AUGGCCAGUAUCAACCCCGAGCAAUCCACCUGCCGCUUCUCCAAGCGAAUCUCAUUCCGAUGGCUCACAACGCCCGCCGAGGAAUCAACCGAUACAAUCGUGAUGUCCGUGAAGGACUGGUACGUUGAUCUGCGGAUCGAAACGGCAACAAGCAAAAUAGACUGGGCGAUUGCCGGACAGAGGAUUGUAGAGAGCCAGGAGCCUUUGCGGGUGACCUUCUCCCACGAGCUUGACUCUCACAAUGCGUUUGAGACUAUUGAUUGUGGAACAUUUGUCCCCUUGCCAAACGGCGAUGAUCUCGAGAUGGGGUCGAUGCCUCGUCAUGAUCUCCCCGGUGCACCUGACAAGGAGUAUGAGGAGGUAUGGCGGGAAUUGCCAUUCAGAGAGGGCCCCGAGGGGCCUAAGAAAGGUGUUUCAUGGGUGCUGGAGUCGGAUGAUGGAGAUCUUGGCAGUGGGGAAGGAGAGGUGACGGUAGUGAAGACUUUUAUCGGUCGCAUCUGGGGAACUUAUUUGGCGCUCAGCCAGACGCAGACUCUUACUCGACAGAAGACUGCAUCUGGUGAGCUGGUUGUUAAGAAGUCGGGCGCUGGUGUUAGUGCUAGACGAGAAGAAUGGGAAUCGGGGUGGAAGGAGAAGUAUUUGGUUGGGGAAGCUGCGGGUUCUCUGCCUUCGAUGGUGGUUGGGUUUGAUGGAGAAGGGGUGGGAUCUUGGAGAAUGCCUGGGGAGAAAGUCGAAGUUCAAGGAAAGACGUAUAUCGUUCGAGCUUUUGAGGAAAUUUAG